UUUUAACAGAACUGUUAUUCAGCUAUCUGUCGUGUCUGACUUCACAUUUUCCACGCGUUGUAAUGACCUUUCUCCAAUUUUUAUUUUACGACAGUAUGAUGUGAAUGCAAGAUAAAAUGUUGGCCAGUAUAAUCGGACGCCACGUUCUUGGUACAUUUAGGGGAAGGCAGUGGAGUGGCCUUCUGCAGAUGUACAACAAGUCUAGUUGUUUAGGGCAUCAGACUGUUCACUGUUCACCGCUGUUCACUAGAAGCUUAUAUGGACAGCUGCCCCCAAGCCAUGUUGCAGGUGCUGCUCUAAGAGUCCAGUCUUUCCAUUGGUCUGCACAGAGACGGAAGAAAAGGCCACCGGAAGAGAGUCCACCAAGAGAACUUGAUUUGCUUCGUUAUGACAUGGGAGACCUGAAGAAAGCUCCAAAGCCAGCCCUCUAUCUUGGAUCAGCUGGUCUCAUACCUUUUGUAUCAGCUCCUCUACUUAUGGCUGUUACAGAGCUGUAUCUACCUGAAGUCGCAUUUGCUCAAGUUGCAUAUGGAGCAUCUAUUGUUUCCUUUCUUGGUGGGGCACGCUGGGGCUUUGCCCUGCCUGCCGGGAGUCCAGCAAAACCUGACUGGCUUAAUUUAGCCAACAGCGUGGUUCCCUCUUUAAUUGCUUGGGUAGCACUCGUUUUUAGCCAUGACAUUACACAGUCUGCUGUGCUUGUGAUAAUAGGGCUUGGGAUAGCAUUGCAUUAUGACCUGUCCCUCCUACCCACAUACCCCAGCUGGUUUAAAGCACUGAGGACAAUCCUCACAGCUGUAGCCUUUUUCUCCUUGGUGGGUACUCUUGUUAUUAAGCAAUUUUAUCCAGAGAAGAAGUAUUUCACAGACCAAUGAUUUUUAUAAUGUCAGUAAAGGAUUUAAAACUGUCAUCUCUAGCAAUAUACAAUGGAUUCCCCAUUUAAUAUUUCAGUCUGGUGACUCGGGCAAAGUUUCUGUAUAAUAUUUUUGUUUAUGCCAUGCUCUCCCUCUCUUAGAAUAUGAAUUUAUUUACUAAUUGAUGGUGGUUAUUGGCCACACAGAUGUAGUCUUGCAGCAGUGAAUUCAAAUCAAUAAACAUGGCCAUUUUUUUCCCA